AUGACACAAACAUACCAAGUCAUUGAAGAGAACCAAAGAAUUCUGUUGAACUUGUUGAGUAAUAUUCUAGGCAAAACCCCGUAUGUUAUGUUAAUGGAUAUCCCUAGUCACAAAAAUAAAGGAGACUCAGCCAUAACUGUCGGCGAGGUGAUGAUUAUCAAAAAACUUCGGAAACGAAUUUUAUUUUAUUGUGAAACCUACGACUGUGCUCAAGAUCGAUAUUUGGAAAGAGCUAUUUCAAUAAGUAAAAAAUUCUCUGUCAACGAGAUCGCUAUUUUAUUACACGGUGGGGGUAAUCUCGUCGGAUAUGAUUCAAUUGAUGUAUUACGGGAAAAAAUUCUUAAUACUUUCCCCGAGCAUAAAAUUGUCCUUCUGUCUCAGAGCAUAUGGUUACACGAUAAUUACACUGAACAUUUAGAGUUUUGUAGCCAGGUAUACUCAAAUAGAUCCAAUUUAUCAAUUUUCUUACGAGAUAAGCAGUCUCUUGCUAUUGCACAAGAAAAUUUUAAAGAUGUGAAACUGUUUCUAGCACCAGACAUGGCUUUUGGUAUUGGACACGUUCCACGCAUUUUGCCUCCAUACUUCGACAUCGUUUGGCUGAGAAGAAAUGAUCGUGAGUCUUCAAAAUACGAAAUCCCUUCAUUUCCAAGAGGAGUUUCUAUUCACAUAUCGGAUUGGAGAAGUGCUUGGCCUUCAAACGAAGGAAAAACAGACCUGGACAACGCAUUCAAUAUAGCCCAUGCAGGUUUCAGCUUUUUACAACGUGGCAGAAUUGUCAUAACUGACCGUCUCCAUGGCCACAUCCUGUCUGUGCUAAUGGACAUCCCGCACGUGCUGAUUGACAACCCCCCGUUUUAUAAACUCUCGUCUUUUGAUCAAACCUGGACUGAGGGUCUAGAGAACACAGUUCUAGUCACAAACGGUAGCAACGCUCUGCAGGAGGCUCUGCUUCUGUUGGCUAAAUAUAACCAUACACUGCCUGAGAUUGGUCCAAGUGAUAUGCAUGUUAAUGGCAUUGAAAUCUCCAGUUUCAACAAAUUAAUAUGA